AUGGAGGAUCUAUCGACAAGCUCGAAUGCCAGCGAUCGCUCGUCAACGCCUGACGUCUCGAAGUUACAUUCAAGUUGUCACUGGUACAUGUACCAGGCACGGCCGAUCACUCCUCCUCAAGAUGCGGGAGACGGCGACCUCUACAGCCACUUUCCCAACCUCGACCACGUUGAAGUCUCCCCAGUAGCCCUAAGCCCUGCUCUCGCUGCCAUCUGGAGAGACUCGACGAUUCUGGACUACGGUUCCUACGCGUCUAUCCGAGCCUUGGAGCAUGGCGACAGUCCCUUUCCCAUUCUCAAGCUCGCCCAUCCGGACACGCAAUCCCUCGAGCUCAUCCAACACGAGUUCAACAUCCUCAGCGAUUUGAAGUCGCUGGGCCUGCCGGUUCCAGAGAUCGACACACAGCCCAUUGUCGACGGCGGGCGAAUCUGCGGCUACCGGAUGAAGGCGUUAACCAAGCUCAAACCAUCCGAGCUACGUUGUCGGCAGCACGACAUUCGACGCGUUCUUCUACAGCUCCACUCGGCUGGAUUCUGCCACGGGGAUGUGACUCCCAGCAACAUCAUGCAGGACGGCAGCGAUCGCAUUAUAUUGAUUGACUUUGGCUUUGCGGGGCGAGCAGGCAGCGCCGUCCCGCCUUUUAUCCCUAGCUGGGUGUAUGCUGGUGGCAUCUUCGAGCCGACUGGUGACUGGAAAGCAUUCGAGCGGUUCUUUAGAGAGCCCUGAACCUUUAGGGUUUAUGGUCCUUGCACCAACCCGACCAGAAUGCAAUCGGCACCUCCUCAACGCCCUUACAAUCCUCCAUCCCCUGUUUGCCACAGGCUUCCAGACUGCCUGCG